CUGACCGUGACUUCUUCGCCUCCGACCAGAACGUCUCCACCACGCAUGACCCGCCAUUUGUCGACCUGCCUCUUUCGCUCCUUCCAUGACAUCCCCCGAUCCUAAAAACCGGAACUUGCGCAACCAGCUACGAACGGUCCCUGCAUCUCGCCGUUGACGUCUUUCGCCGGACCCCGCAUCACGCUCGAUUCAAUACCCGCUUCGCCUGGACUCCACUCCGUCAUUGGGAAGCUGCCCUAACUGUCCCAUCCCCUGCGCUCGGUGCGUUCGUGGGCGACGAUGGAUGGCAUCGGGGAUGCGUCCGACGGCAUGGGCUUCGACAUGCCCAUGCUGAUGAAUCAACAGCCUCCUCUGUUCGGCACCUACAACAACGACGGUUCCCCGAUCACCUCCGCACUCCCCAACCCGACUUUCAACGAUGACUCGUCCAUGGGCUUGGGCGACGAUAGUAAUGAUCCGAAACGAAGAAGAAUCGCGAGGGCUUGCGAUAUGUGCCGGAAGAAGAAGAUCAAGUGUGACGGCAAGAUGCCCAAGUGCUCGCACUGUAUCAACUACAAGACGGACUGUGUCUUUACCCAGGUGGAAAAGAAACGCAACCCCCCGAAAGGUGCGAAAUACAUCGAAGGCUUGGAAAAUCGAUUGGGGCGAAUGGAAUCACUAUUGCGACUGUCUGGACUUUUGUCGGAGGACGAUGGUGGGAAAACCGAUCUGGGAACCUUGGAGAAACGGUUGGCCGAUCGGUCAUUUGCGGCCGGUCAGAUGAGCGCCAUGAAAAGCCCCAACAAAUUCAAUGCUUCGAGCUCGGCCGCUCAAUCGCAGCAGACCACUGCCUCCCGCCACUCGACCCCUCGCAUGGAUUCCCAAUCUAGUCCACACACGGCUGCGACGUCGCCGGAUUCGACGAAGGAAUCGGAAACUGAGGUCGAGGGCUUGUCAGACAUGAUGUGCUCUCUUGUGACCAAUAACUGUGGAGAGACGCGGUAUAUCGGAUCAUCCUCGGGAUUUUCGAUAUUCUCUCCAAAGGGUAUCCAGUGGGUCAAUGAGAAGACUGGCGACACGUCAUUCCAGGACAUGAUAUCGUCGGCCUAUGUCGACGACAACAAGUGGAUGUAUUGGAAGCCCGAGAUCUUCAGUGACAUCUUUGCACGGCGCGUCUUCAAACCUUUGCCCCCAAAGGAAGAGGCAUUGUCGCUUUUCCGAGACUUUUUCGAGAAUUUCAACUGCAUGUUUCCGCUGUUCCAUGAACCGACGUUCAUGCAUCUAGUGGAACGUCAGUAUUCCCGUGAUCCAUACGAAGGCUCGGGCUGGUGGGCUAGCAUCAACGUGGUCCUUGCUAUCUCCCACAGGUUGCGGGUGAUGAGCAAUUUGGUUCCGCAGGAGGAGGACAAGAAAGCAUGGCUCUAUCUGAAAAAUGCCAUGGGAGUUCUGACGGAACUUACCAUGCGCAAUACCGAUCUACUUAGUGUGCAAGCAUUGCUCGGAAUGUCUCUUUUCCUUCAAGGAACCCCCAAUCCCCAACCCUCCUUCUUUUUGGUCGCAGCCGCCAUCCGACUGUCUCACAGCAUUGGUCUUCACAAGAGAGGCUCAGGGUUUGGGUUGAACCCGGUUGAGGUUGAGCAGCGAAAAAGAGUAUUCUGGAUUGCUUAUCUUCUUGACAAAGACAUUUGCCUUCGGUCUGGUCGCCCUCCCGUUCAGGAUGACGACGACAUGAAUGUCGAAUUGCCGAGUGAAGACCCGCCGGACAACAUUGGAAACGUGCCAUUGUCCGAUGGAAAGAGCAAAUUUAACUUGUUCCGGUUGAUGUGUCGGUUUGCGACCAUCGAAAGCCAGGUUUAUAAACGACUUUACUCUGCCAGGGCAUCGAAACAAUCGGACGGCGAGCUGCUGAAUACCAUCGGAGAACUGGAUAAGGAGCUUGAAGAGUGGAAAGACAGCAUUCCCCUCGACUUCCGCCCAGAACAUGAAAUCAAAGCCACGCACGCGCCUCUCAUUAUUCAUGUUGUUGUUCUUCAUUUUGCCUACUAUAACUGCUUGACAACAAUACACCGGAUGUCUGUGCAUCACGGGUAUUGGACAAGCCGUCUCUCCAACUAUGCCAUUCAAGGCCUAAACGCCAGGCCUCUGAACCCAAGAGUUUUCUUGUCGGCUGUUCUCUGCGUGACAGCUGCCAGAGCUUCGAUCAAUUUGAUCAAAUAUAUUCCCCAGGGCGACUUUGCCUGUGUCUGGUUGAUUCUCUAUUACCCCGUAUCCGCACUGGUGACUCUGUUCGCCAACAUUCUUCAAAAUCCUAAUGAUGCCCGAGCUCGGUCUGAUGUCAAACUCAUGAAUGUCGUAGUAAACUUCCUAUCAACGCUGGUCUCCGACGAGUCGAAUGGAAGCAUCAAGCGUAUGCUUGGUUUGUGUGGUGAAUUUGAGAGAAUUGCCCAGGUGGUUCUGGACAAGGCCGAGCGCGAGUCGCAUUCCAAGAAGAAGCGCAAGACCACCGCGGACGACACUCGCAACUUACAGCAGAGUACCCCCGACGAAACCGCCGACCCCUCUCCAUCCACGCCCAAACCGACGGGUGCACCUACAGCUACACCAUUCUCGUCGUCCAUGUUCUCUGGCGGUGUAGGUGACACGGGUCCCAACGUGUCAAGUGAGGCGAGGGCCUUUGCCUCCGGCCAGGUUUCCGGAACGCACGGGCUUUCGUCCAAUCUACCAGACAGCCUCAACCCCAUGACGGGGCUGGGUCAGGAGUUUCCGGACAUGCUCAGUCCUCCCAACCUGGAGGGCGUGGGCUUCGGCGAUCCGCCGCCCUUCACGACAUCUGCCGACACGCCGAUGACAUCCUUCCAACAGCCCUUUGUUCCGCAGGACCUUUGGCAGAUGCCAAUGACCAUCGAGUGGGACUGGGCAGAUAUGUCGACCAGCUUUCCCGUGUUUGACGCGGGUGGGCCGUCGCAGAACAAUUCGUGAUGAUGACACGAAAUAUCGAAGCGUAACAUCUUUCGAUUAGGGACAUUGAAAAACCAAAUGAAGUCGGAACGGAGUCAAGGCCGGGCGUUUCAUGCACAUGCUGCGUGUCGCUUUAUUGCUAUCAUAUCGUUAUUUUGGGGUACAAGGCGUUUGUAUCAGGGAUCGGGCAUCGUCAAGCGCCACUCCACUUCCUUUAAUCUCCCCUACUCAUUCUCUGUUAAUGUUUUGAGCGGUUUGUAAAAAGCACAUUCUUCAUGGGCGGGAGUCUUUGGGUGCAAGCGCACGGCGAACGUGCAGAUUGUUAGGACUGUGCCCUGUGUAUAAGAGCAAAACUGCCUGUAAUUACCUCCUCCAUCUCCACAUAGCCAGCAUGAAAUACCUC